GAUAGAAAAAAUUUUAUAUUAUUAAGUUGUGAUAAUUAGCAUUUUGUCAAGUAUCAUUUUGAUGUAUGAAAUAUUUUAAUGUUAAAGCGUGAAACAAUGAAACAACCCAACUUUGAUCCGUCUGUUAACAGAAUGGAAGAGGAAAUAGUAGUAGACGAUAUAGAUGAGAAUAGUGCUACGGAUACGCAGCAGGUGGAUGAUCCAACCACGUCUGUAAUGCCACUGUUAUAUAUCCAGCAAAAUAAAGUACGUUCUACCCCAUCGUCAAAUAUAAAUCAAACUAUUGUUUCACCUAACACACAACUCGCUGCCAUUAUUAAUCCAGUUAAUAAUCAGAUUGUAGGACAAAAUAAGGUAUUUAUACAAGGGCCAAGUCAGGUAGCUACAUCUCAAAGUAAACAACACAUUGUGAUUCAUCGUCCGAUAAAUACUGUGAGCACAACAGCUACUUCACAAGCUCAAAAGCACAUUUUACUUAGAAAGUCAACAUCUACUGCUCAGAUAUUACCUUUAAAUACGACGCAAGGAAAUCAAACCAAUGCGCAAGUUGGAAAGCAUACGUUUGCAUAUUUAGGAACUCUUAUUAAACCUAAUAAAUCACGAGAAUCUGUUGUUAUACCUGCAGGGACUUUAACACCAGCUCAAAUAACAAAACCCAAAUUAGUAAUUACUCCAGUAAUAUCGCAAUUAGCUCAAACAUCAACAAGUACCACAAGUGGCUCUCAGAGUCAGGCUCCUAAACAUAUGGCGAAUUUAAUAUUGCCAGUGAACAUUUCCCAGCAAAGUGGCACUACAAAACCUAGCAUGUUCAAUUUAAAAAUUAAUAAUGGUCAACUCAGUACAGAAAGCAAAGGUACCAUAACAGUGUUACGUGAAUCAAAAACGACAAAUUCAACGACACAUCCUCCACCACUGCAUCCAAUAGCGAAAAUGAGCCUUUUAAGUGCAAACAAAAGCAAUUCUAAUUCUAUAGAUAGUAUAAAAAUCACUGAAAACCCGGAUUCAGCUGUUAUCACGCCAAUUCCAAAAAAGGAAGAUAAUCAACCGGAAAAACGGAAAAAGACAAUUAGCAAUAUAUUACGAGGUUCUUCUGAAAAACGGAUGAAGAAGCAACAUAUUCCAAAAUCUCCACAAGACAAUUUAGCUGAUGCUAAUUAUGCAUUGAGCAGCCCAGAGUCUGAACAAGACAAAGAUAAAAAGACUCAAAAUGAUGAUGAUAUUACAUUGAUUAAAGUUGUUCCUAGUGAGGAUAAAGUUUCAAAACUAAAUACAAAUAUGGAUGAUGAUAUAAGAAUAGAAAUAAUUAAAGCUCCUGCGAGCUGCAAUGCUGAAGUAACGCCAGACAAUAAGAGUGAAGCAAAAGGUAACAAUUGUGAUGAUACGAAAGAACAAUCGAAUCAGAACAAUACAAAUCAGAACAUUAUGAAUUUUGAUGCGUCUAAAGUUUUAGACUGGAAAGAUGGUGUUGGUACUUUACCUGGAAGUAAUUUACAGUUUCGUAUGAAUGAGUUCGGCAUUAUAGAAGUAGUAGAUGAAGAUGAAAAUAGUAAACAAAAUAAAGAUGGUAUUGGUGAUAAAGAGAAUGUGUGUUUAACACAAAAUUCUUCGAAAACUAGUUCAGGAAUCGUUAAUAAUACUAAUAUAGAAAAAAAAACUGAUGAAAGGAAAUCUAGAUCGGUAAAUGCAGAUACUGUAUAUCAUUGCGAAGCUUGUGGAUGUUAUGGAUUAGCUGCUGAAUUUGAAAGUCCAAUAUCAUGUAGUCCUUCCUGUACAGAAGUGAUCGAGGCUAAAAAGCAGCCUACAAAUCGAAAGGACAAUCCAAAAGAAAUACGCAUAAAAAAGAAACGCAAAAAAUUAUUACAAGAGUCACAGUUAUUACAAGGGUCAAAGGAAAUAGAUGAAAAGUCUGAUGAGAAGACACAAGAUAAGACGAAGGAGUUAGACGAGGAAAAAGAAGUAUUGGCAGGUGUAGAUGAUGAGAUCCAAGCAGAUUUAUCAGAAUCAAAGUAUCCUUGGCAAACAGGAAAAUUAGGUUUUUCAUGGCCAAAGUAUCUUGAACAUUGUAAAGCAAAAGCGGCGCCUGUGAAGUUAUUCAAGGAUCCGUUUCCCUAUAGUAAAAAUCAUUUUAGAGUUGGAAUGAAAUUGGAAGGUAUAGAUCCGGAACACCCUUCUCGAUAUUGUGUUCUAACCAUUGCCGAGGUUGUAGGUUAUCGAAUGCGUGUUCAUUUUGACGGUUAUCCAGAAAAUUAUGAUUUCUGGAUAAAUGCAGAUAGUAUGAAUAUAUUUCCUGCUGGAUGGUCUGAAAAAAAUGGCAAGAAAUUGGAUCCACCAAAGGGUUACACAUCUGGAAAUUUUAAUUGGAAUGCAUAUCUAAAAAUCUGUAAAGCGCCUGUGGCAGCGAAGAAUCUAUUUCCGAAUAAAGGUGCCUUGCAAACUGUCUUUCCCACGGGCUUUCGAGUGGGCAUGAAGUUGGAGGCAGUGGAUAGAAAACAUUCUUCAUUACUUUGUGUCGCUAGCAUAGCAGGUUUAAUGGAUUCUCGAAUAUUAGUCCAUUUUGAUUCUUGGGAUGAGGUGUAUGAUUACUGGGCUGAUGCAAGUUCACCAUAUAUUCACCCUGUUGGAUGGUCUCAUCAUAAUGGACGCGUCUUGGUGCCACCAAAUCAAUAUAAGGAUGCUAAAUCCUUCUCUUGGGACACAUAUCUGAAAGAAACCGGCUCAGUGGCUGCUCCGGCUAGAGCAUUCAAGCAACGACCACCAUGUGCGUUUAGACGUGGUAUGAAAUUGGAGACAGUGGAUAAGCGAGUACCACAAUUAAUCAGAGUGGCAACUGUAGAGGAUGUAAAAGACCAUCAACUAAAGAUUAAGUUUGAUGGCUGGCCUGAUAAUCAUGCUUACUGGGUUGACGAUGAUUCACCUGAUAUUCAUCCUGUGGGUUGGUGUGCAAAAACGGGUCAUCCAUUGGAACCUCCACUUACACCCGAUAAUUUGAAUGAUCUACCGGAAUGUGGCACAUAUGGCUGUCGAGGUAUAGGACAUGUAAAAGGACCUAAAUUUGCAACACAUAAUUCAGCAUCCGGUUGUCCGUAUUCUCUUCAAAAUUUAAAUAAAUCAGGACAAAUGCCUGAUAGACAUAAUUUAAAAAACAAUGACUUCCACGAAGUCGAUAAUAAUGAAAAGGAGGUACAAGAAAAAUCAAAAGAGAAGACUGACAAAAAAAUAGAAAAAUCUCAAAAGUCUGAUAAACUUGUACCCUCAGAUGAUGGAAUAUUAAUGAUUGAGAAGGAAAAACAGAAAGAUGGCGAUUCAUCCAAGUUUAAAAAUUUACACAACGAAGGACAAACGGAUGAUGAUGAAGUUUCGAGAAAACGAAAGAGAAGACAUCAAAAUUCGGAAGAAUCUUUGUUUUCCGUUUCCAAUGUUACAAAUGGUGAUGUGCAAACUUGGAAUGCUGUGAAUGCUGCGAAUACUGCAAAUGUUAUGAAUGCUGCGAAUACUGCAAAUAUUACAAAUAUUACAAAUAUUAUGAAUACUACAAAUAUUGCGAAUGCUACGAAUGCUACAAACGCUACCCAAUAUGCUGCAGACAUACCAGUCAAACAAUUGCGUAAAGAAUUAUAUCAAUCUGUAUAUAAUCCUGGAUAUAAUCCUUUGCCGAAUGCACCGCAUAUAUGGGCGAAACAUAGCAAUGCCUUAAACAGAGUAGUAUCGAGGCAAACCACGAAUCCACGACGAUGGUCUAAUGAAGAAGUGAUUAAAUUUGUACAGAGCAUGCCUAAUUGUGCAGAGGCUGGGAAUAUUUUCAGGCAGAACAAUAUCGAUGGUGAGUCAUUCUUAAUGUUGACUCAAGAGGAUUUGGUAUCAGUACUGCGUUUGCGACUCGGACCUGCCAUUAAGUUGUACAAUAGUAUAGUUUUAUUACGUCAAAAAGCAUCUUGAAUUAGAUACAAGCGAAGCAUAUGUCCUUGACUGGCGAAUGAUGUGGCAGCUAUUGUGACAGGAUAUAUCGCCUAUUAUUUAUUUAAAACAUUAAGGCAAUGUAUUGUAUAUUUUUUUUGCCAUUAAAUUUCAGAAUUGUUUCUUAAACGAGCGGGCGAACACUCGCAAGUCUAGUUUUGGACAGUUCUGAAAUAGUUAUCUAAAAUCUAUUUAAAUCGACAAUCGGUAGAAAAAGAAUUAUUAUAAAAUUGAAAUUAUAUGAUAUGUUUUAAUUUGACAAUUUUCUGAAUCAAUUCUAGUAUUUUCUGCAAUACGACGAGACAUUUUAGAUUGUAGGCAUUGAUUCAAGUACU